UUGAUUCGACGGCGUGCUCCUAUUCAAUACUGGCAGUACAUUAUUGAAAAUAUAAAUUUUUUGAAUUAAAUAUUUAAAUUAUUGUUAAAAUGAAGCAAAAGAAACGACAAAGUGGUCUACCACCACCACCUCCCCCAGAGGAGUUGGAGGAAAUGUCGCAGGAUGAUAAAAUGCAGGACUCAAGUGGUGAACAAUCUGCGCGGUCCGAUCUAGAACAGCAAAACACAACAUCAGUAACCAGCAAUAUUGGGGAAAAUCUUGAAAAAGCUGGUGCUGACGAUGAUGAUGAUGAUGAAAUGGACCUGGGCAACUUCAAUGUAAAAGCGAAAAAGAAACGCAAGAAGGGCAUCAUUUACAUAUCGAACAUACCCAAACACAUGAAUGUUACAAGGAUGCGUGAAAUUCUUGGCGAGUACGCGAAACUUGGACGUGUGUACUUGCAACCAGAGAAAUUACCCGGCGCCAACGACAAAAAGAAGAAGCGAAAACGCUUGGCACGUCACUUCACAGAAGGUUGGGUUGAGUUCGAGUCAAAGCGCGCGGCCAAACAAAUUGUUGAACUCUUAAAUAAUAAACAAAUAUCUACACGUAAAAAGUCACAAUUCUAUGAUUAUAUGUGGAGUAUGAAAUAUUUGCCACGCUUCAAAUGGGUGCAUCUUACGGAGCGUAUGAACUAUGAGCAAGCUGUGCAUAAACAACGCUUACACACCGAGGUGUCACAGGCGCGCAAGGAGACUACAUUCUUCCAAAAUAAUCUUGAUAAGAGCGAAUACUUGAAAAAGCAAAGUAAAAAAGCGAAUAAAGGCAAAAAUUCGGCCGCAUUAGAAACGUGAAAUUCUGAUGGUCGCUAUUUUAUAAAAAUCUG